CCAUCACGGCGUCCUACCAUCAUGCCACCAAAAUUCAUCCCUAACGAGCAAAUCACCGAUGUGCUUUCCUUGCUUCCUGUCAAAUCUCUCCUUCGAUUUAGGUGCUUGAGUAAGUCACUUGACUCUCUCAUCUCUAAUCCCAACUUCAUCAAAUUGCACCUUACUCGAUCUUCAAGGAAUGCGGACUUCACACUUGUAUCCACCUCUCAUCUCAAUGUUAUAUUCUUCACUGUUUUUCGUUUGCUCCACAACCCUCCAAUCAUUAUCAAUCUACCAGAAGAUCCUAACCAUCAACUUGCAGACAAGGGCUGUCUCUUUGUUGUUGGUUCCUGCAAUGGAUUACUUUGUUUGUUCAGUCAGUUUUUCACCUCUGAUUUUAAUAGUGUGACGUUGCUUCGUUUUUGGAACCCAGCCACGAGGAAAAUGUCUCCAAAAUUAGGGUAUUGUCUUCAUAAAGACAUGUGGUUCCAUCCUAAUUUGACAUUUGCUUAUGUCAAUUCAACUGACACUUACAAGGUGUUGUAUUUAGUUCCAGGUGAAACAAAUGUAUAUGUCUUCAGUUUGGGCGAUAAUAUUUGGAGAACUAUUCAAGAUUCUCCUGUGGAUCAUGAUUACUGGAUCAAUUUUGUGAAUCUGCAUGACUGUAUUAGUUGGUUGGCAAUUCGCAAUUAUUCUGCUCGUUAUGAUUUCAACAAUAUUACUCUUGACCAAUUUGUGAUUGUUUCUCUUUAUUUGGGCACCGAGACACAUUCUCAACUUUCGCCUCCUAUAGGUUUCAGAGAAGUCCCGAUUUUUGUACCAUAUCUAAGUUUGUUAAAGGACAAUCUUUGUUUUUCAUAUGAUUACAAACAAACUCAUUUGGUAGUAUGGCAAAUGAAGGAAUUUGGAGUUGAAAAUUCUUGGAUUCAGCUUUUUAACAUUAGCUAUCACAAUCUUCAAAUAUAUGAUCAUCACUUAAAUGAUUUGGACUUCCGUUUGUUACCAUUAUGCCUUUCGGAGAAGAGUGAUACAAUUUUAUUGAUAAGUACUCUUGAAAGUGAGGCAAUUCUUUAUAAUUGGAGACAUAAUAGAGCCGAAAGAAUCUACAAACCUUGGUUCAAUGGCAUGGAUUAUGUUGAAAGUUUGGUGUCUCUUGAAAGGUUGUAUUCAUGGGAGCACAAUUGAAGGUUACUGCAGCACACUUCAACGUUGAUCAGCUAGCAGAGAUUCAUGAA